AUGGCUGCGCCCGUUGCCACCGAAGCUCACAGUCACACGCUGAUCGGAGUUUGUGAUGAGAAAAUAGAAGCUUCCCACGUUACUAGUUGGCAAUGUAAUAAACUAGGAGGAUAUCCUGACUGGAUGUGUCUAAACAGCCUGGUGGAACCAACAUGUGCUGCAUGUAGGAAUACUCUGCGUCUAGUCACACAGUUAUACUGCCCUCUGGAGGGCUCGCAGUAUCACCGAACUCUGUAUAUCUUCACAUGUAUUGCAGUAGAGUGUUUGAACAAGCAAACAAGUUGGAGAGUAAUCCGCUGCCAGCUUCCCAGCACCAAACUUCUCCAGGAAAAUGCAGAAAAAGAACAGGAAGAAACUCCACAAAAGGUCGCCAUGGCAACAGAGGAUUGGUGUGAUGAUGCGGAUGAUUGGGGAAGCGAGUCAGACGGAGAAUCAGAUCCAAUCAGUUGCUUAGCAACACCUCUAACAGAGAACCAAGUCAUGAGUUCAUCAUCGGCAACUACUAAGUACGACGACAGUGAAGAAUGUCCCAUCGCUAUGACAACACAUCCAUCAACGAACAUGUCAACGAAUGAAAGAAUAGAGAAACCAAUGAACGACCUCAAGUUAUCAACUCAUGACAAAGUUGUAGAUAUGCAUUCUAUAGGACAGCCAACCAAUGAUAAAAUUAAUAGUGCCAUGAAAGCAACACAUGAUGAUGUCAUCAAUGUCAUGAAAAACUUGUCAAUUACUACAGAAACUACAGCAAAAAGCUCUUCAGUAAAAGACUGUUUAGAUGUACUGUCCUUAAAACCAUUCUAUGUGAGUGUAUUUGAUGAACCAUCUUCAUCCUCAUUGGCUCCUGAACUGACCAAUCAUGCAAGAGAAUUGAUGCUGAAUUAUCAGCAGAGGGAGGGAGUUAACGUCUUGGAAUGGCAGGAGCAGAGCUUACAAAUGAGCAGUGUUUCGGCUGGAUCAGAUGAAGUCUAUGAGAAAACAACAGCAAAACACGGAGAUAGAUUCUACCAGAAAUUCUCAAAGAAACUACAACUAUGUCCUGAGCAGUGUAUAAGAUAUAGUUGGAAUGGUCGACCCCUCUACAUAACAUCACCAAGCGAGGGCAGUAUAAUCCCGGCCUGUCCGUACUGUAGUGGAGCGAGAGUCUUUGAGGUUCAACUAAUGCCACCACUUAUCAGUGUAUUAAAGACUACAACCCCAUCAGAUAUCUCCCUUGAUUUUGGAGUUGUGAUAAUUUAUACAUGCAAGAGGAGCUGUUGGAAUGAACCAUGCCAGCCUGGUCAAUUCCUUUACAGAGAAGAACAUGUAGUACUCCAAGCUGAUCCUGAUAGUUCACUUAUAAACCAGGCUACAUUUGUAUGACCCUAGAUACAUUCUUCAAAAAAUAGUGGGUAUAGAUCGUAUUGAAUAUGACGUCACCGUUCAAAUAUUUGCCCUACAAGAUGGCUACAUUUGUAUAACCCAAGAUACAUGUACAUUCUUCAAUAAAGUAUCAUCUUUCUCAAUAAAUAACGGGUAACAAUUCUAUAGUUGUGAAGUGGAUUUGGUGAAAUUGUGAUUUUGCAUACACUUUUAUCUUGAAACAACUGGCGACAAUUUCACAAAGAGUUAGGAUUGGUCUUAACUGUUUAUAAAUCUUAAAAUGCUAAGCAAAUUAUUAAGUCACAAUACAGUCACUACUGCAAUUCAAUUAAAUUCAAUUCCAUUCAACAGAAUUAAAUUCAACAGAACAUAUUUAUAAUAAUGAUAAUGAUUCAAAAUUUCUUAUGACCAAACAUAUUCAGAGGCAAAAUACAAGACAAGCAUAAAUCAGAAGAUGCUAAGAUUAUCAAAGUAGUAUACAGGGGAUAUUAAGAUUUUCACACUAAAAAAAGGUGGAUUAACACAAUAUAUAUACAGUCAGUCAAAUAUCGUGAUGCGUGUUUCACAGAUUUUUAUUAAUUUUUAAUAAGUAUACAGUAACUUAUUGUUAUUUUUGCUGAAAUGUCUUCAACACUUUCUUCUGUAAAGCAGUGAUAUUAAAUUUAAGAUCUUUUUAUUGAACCACACAUGGCAGUAUGCAUAGGAACAUGACUUUAAUACCCAAAAGAGGGUUGGUCCAAUUUGUGGCCUACUUGAACAAGCUAAUAAAUAGACUCGAGAAAGUUUUCCUUUAAAGGCAGUGCACACUAUUGGUAAUUACAUGUACUCCAAAUAAUUAUUAUCAUAAAACCUGUCUU